AUGGAGACUGACAUAGUGAGUUGUCCUAGGUUGACAUGCUCAGAGAACUUGGGUGAUGGAGUAUGCUUCAUGCACUAAGCUACCAAUCCAGUUGAAUGGAUAAAGUUGGCUUCAUGCCCAAGUGGUUAAAUCUGUGAUGCCACUUCUGACUACGCAUGGUAUGAUGUAUUCAAACAGUCAAUCGAGCAAGCAAAUGAGCUAGGAAAGUCUUCUACUUGGAAGAAGCUUACUAAGAGCAGGUGUGAUAGCUCUGCAAAGUUCAGGCAAAAUCUACUGCCUGGCAGAUACUGUCAGAGCAAUUACGAAUGCUCUUCAUUCAAUUGCACAGAUAAUAUAUGCAAGGGCUAAGCUAGUGGCACUUCGUGCUCUUACCAUGAUUAAUGUGAUAGUGGACUUGCUUGCAUUGCAUCAAAGUCAUUUCCCUUUGUAACCACAUGCAACUCAUAUAAAAAGCAAGGAGAGCAAUGUGAAUCUACACAUGAUUGUGAUUUGAAGACUGUUUGCUGGUACGUCUCAAGAGAGGAUUUCCAAACAAGAACUAAAAAGUGUAUGGCAAAGUAUCAGUUGCCGAUUGGAGACAAUUUUGGAUGGGCCCCUGUCAAUUAUGAUACUGUAAAGGAUAUAUUAUGGAAUGGUUAGGUAUGCUCCACUGGCUUUGCUAUACCCUUCUAUGAGAACUCAACUGUUACUAGACCAUUAGGCAUGUGUGUUAAUAUAACCAAGGUGGUUUCAGAUUAAGGAACUUACAACAAUCCAAUAUCAGAUGUUCCUAAAUGCUUAGCAGCCAACAAAGGUAGCUUCUGCAAUUAUUUCUACAACUCAGUUGAUAGCUUUAAGACUAGAUGCUACUGCGCUGCAGAUGGUUCCCUUGGCUAUUGCCCCUUGCCUAAUUUCUAAGCAAUGAGGAAUUUCACUGCAUUUGAUGUAUUUAUUCAGGGUAAUUCAACUAAUUGCCAUACUAAAGAUAGAGAUAACUUAAAGGCUCACUUUGAAUGUGGGAUAGGCGAUGGGACUGUGCUGAGGUAAUAUACUAAUGCUAGAAUCCUAAAGGAGAAUUGGAAUUUCGCUUAGAGUUCCAAAGUGCUUAGUUGUCUGUAGAAUUACAUGCCAAGUAGUUAUACCAAUCUCCAAUAUAGCACAGGAGUAAUAAUAUAGUUAUUUGCUUUUGCAUUGGGAUCAUUAUGUUUUGGAAUAAAUCUAAUUUGA